CAUCCCCAAUUUCUUUUUUAUCUACUUUUACUUCUUUCAGAGAAACCAACAAACUCACUCUUCCUCCUCCAUUGCUAUUGCUAUUACUAUUACUAUUACUAUGUUGUUACCUACCUGUUUCUACUCUCUCCCUCUCCUAUUCCUAUAUAUAUAACAAUCCAACUCUUUCAUCUCCCCUUUCUUCCACCUCCUAUAUAUAUGUUGCUUCUACGUGCAUGCAUGACAUCCUUUGAUUCUUGAUCCAUUUGGUGGUGGUAUACAUGUUUGUAUCUACGAUGCCAGGUUUAAGGGAAGCAGCACUAGUGUUGGUAUUCUUGGCGAUAUGCUGCAAGGCAGUGAACUCAAGGCCCUUCUGGUGCCCAACCGACACCGCCAACUCCUCCGGAUACUGCCUUAGCUGGCGCCUCGCGGUCGAGGCCAACAACAUCAGAGCGUGGCGGACCGUCCCAACUCAGUGCUCCCGCCACAUUGAGGCAUACAUGAUUGCUGGCCAAUACCAGCGCGACCUCAACCUCAUUGUGGGCAGCAUUUGCAGCUACGUCGAUACCAUUACUCUCUCAGAUGAUGGCUUCGAUGCUUGGAUUCUGGACGUGGACGACACCUGCAUUUCCAACCUUUUUUAUUACAGAGGGAAGCGCUAUGGGUGUGAGCCCUUUGAUCCAUUGGGGUUUAGGGCAUGGGCACUGCAAGGAGAAUGCGCUGCCAUUCCUGAUGUUCUGAGACUGUUCAACAAGUUGGUGGAGACGGGGUUUAAGGUAUUCCUGGUUACGGGCAGGGACGAAGAAACACUUGGGCAGGCAACCAUUCAAAAUCUGGAAAACCAAGGAUUUUUGGGCUACCAACGUCUCAUCUUAAGGAGUGGGGCGUACAAGGGUGUAAGCGCGAUAACGUACAAGUCGGAGAUACGGAAGCAACUGGUAGAAGAAGGGUACAGAAUAUGGGGGAACGUGGGGGAUCAGUGGAGUGAUGUGCAGGGAGACUAUGCCGGCAAUCGCACCUUUAAGCUUCCUAAUCCAAUGUAUUUUAUCCCUUAAUAAGUUCAUCAUUUUCUCUGUUUUCUUAAAAAUAAAAUUUAUAGAGAGCUCCAGAGAGAGUGUUGUGUUGUGUGUUUCAUCUCCAUGAAUAUCAUUUUUGCUUCUUUCUUGA